CGGCACCCUGGUGCCGGAAGGGUCCCCUGUGGCGACGCGCGGCAACUGCUCUUCGUGCUUCUGCCUGCGCGGGGAGGUGCGGUGCCAGGCCAUGGGCUGCGCGCCCGAGCUGGCCGGCUGCCGGCCGCUGCUGGCUGCGGGCGACUGCUGCGCGCACCAGUAUGUCUGCGACCACGUGGACGAAGAACUUCUAUCACACGUCAUAAUGGGACCGGUAAACUCUCCAGCAUCUAUAAGGUCCGACGAGCGGACUUUCCAUUUGACAAAAGCCACCAAGCUAGAAACCACGACAAAGAAGAUAACGAGCCUUUUUACUUUGAAACACAUAUCUUUCGCGUCAGCCACUAAGAACCACCUCGUUACCACAGCUAAAGUUAAGAGAAGAACAGACGACCAGCCUCAGGAAUCCGUCUGGAAACCUGAACCAACCGAUAACACCACGUCUCCUAAUACCACAACCACACAGCAACCGUCGAAUGCUGCCAAAUAUGUACCUAACACUCAGGCUGUUACUGACACUUAUUCAGAAACCACUACAGAUCAACCAGAAGCAAUCGUUAAAAUAACGGUCAAUGGAACUAUAAACUGCACAGCUGAACUAUCUUCUACAUCCUUACCUCUAAAUUUAAUACACAAUCACACUGACAAAAUUCAGAAGGAAGCAAUGGCUCGAGUGCCGAUUGUCAACGUGGAAGCGCAAACAUAUUCACCCAACGACAUAAUAACUGACAGAAACGUAAACGGUGGCUUCGACGACGCUGACACGUUCACAAUAAACGUGACGAGCUCGUUGAUCACCAACACUAGCCACUCUACGGCCAGACCCGCGAUGUCUGCCCCCAAGAUAUCAAUGACAGGCCUUGCGGAUGCGCUCAAUAUAUCUAACAACAAAAAGAGCGAUUUUGAUUACGAUUACACAGAGCCGACACUGCCGCCAUCAUUGCCGAACCUAAAGAUCAUUCCAUUUGUAGCUGCCGAUGCAGUCGUUGAAGAUGAACCUGUCAAGGACAAUGUCAGAUAUCCGAUACUGGAGAGACCGGACAAGUUCCCGGUGUACUAUCCCACCACCGAAACCAAAGACGACACAUUCUCCAUCAGACGAGAAGAUACCUACCAACCUACACAAUAUCCAAUCUUUGUGAUGGGCAAAGUGGAGCCACCGUAUAACCCUAUCAGCCAGGAAGUGGAUCGGACAAGGGAAAGAUAUCCUGAGCGCAAUGAUCUAGGCGUCCAAGAGUAUACUGUGUCGGCUUCACUAGGAAGUCCAAUGUCUGGUGUGAAAGCAGUCACCAAGGUCCCCACGACCACUACUACUUUUGCUAUGGAGACACCGGCUGUAAAUCGGUUUUCUCCACCGGUGGAAACUCAAGGUGGUUUCAUCCCGAAGGGGGCAGGUGUAAUCGAUGACUUCUUCGGAGUGUUUACUAGCACUGAACCGACCCCGACCGUCCCUAGUCUCACUACGUCCAUGCUACUAGAUGUCAAACGUAUACAAGGUGAGUGCGUAGCAACCGACGGUCGACACGUACCCGGUGGCGAGAGUAUCGUGAUGGGCUGUCAUCUGUGCACGUGCUCGUGGGUGGAGCUGGUCUGCGACCGCCGGCCCUGCACCGCGGCAGCGCCCGGCUGCCGGUACCUGCCGAUCUCUAACCACUCGAUAGAUCCCUGCUGCGGAGACAUUGUCUGCGGAGAUGCAGAAGAGAAUACUGCUUCUAGAAUUGUAACAGUUGAAAGUGAGGAUAAACCAAAUGAAGCCAAAAACACAGUCCAAUCGCUUAAGUCUUCUGGUCAUAAUAGCACAAAGGUAGCUGACACAAACGCGGAUGGUAACAACAACGCCACAGUAAAUCAACCAAGCGCAGUAAAUGGAAGUGUCCCGACUACAACUACUACACCUACCACUCCCACUACUACUUCGAGUACUACGACUACGACUACUACUACUACUACUACAACUUCUACUAAACCAACGCCCACUACUACACCCGUUCCUGUUAAGCAGGAUGGUGGUUUUUCUCACGAUGACGAAGAUGAAGAUGAAGAUAACGAAUUCUCAUUUGGCAGCGUACUGAAGCUUCUCCUCAGUGAUAGUUUUGAAACCACAACUGCUACAAACAGAAGGACCAUCUACAAAGCCACCGCAAAGCCGACGAUAGCGCCUCCUGUUCAAAUUACCACACAUUCAACGGCCAGACCCCUGCCUGAACCACAUGUUGAAGACACCUCGUUCUUCAAACCUCUUCCGUCGCAUCUCUAUCCUCAUUCGAAAAUACAACCGAACACAGUCAAUAGGAUAGACCACCUGGUACUAGGCGAGGCAACUGCCAUAACGCGUGCACCCGUCCGCCCAAUCACGAAAAAGACUACCAAGCGCCCGCCGCUACAGACCCAUGAUAUGCCACAAGAAAAACCUGUUAAGCUGGAAGUACCCGCACCUAUUAUGUCUAUUCCUCCAGGAGGGUCUGUCCCUAACGCAGGAGGUUUGCUUGGCUCAGGAAUUCUCAAAUUAGCAGGCUGCAACAUCUACGGGAGAAUGUACAGGGUCGGAAGGAUUAUCACGGAGUUGUCGACUCCGUGCCAGGAGUGCUGGUGUACGGAGUUGGGGGUCCAGUGCAAACCGCUGGCGUGCUGAAUAUCAGGGGGGAGUCAGUGUACAGUUUAUUUGAUCGGUUGGUACAUAGCUGGGGGAAUAUGCUCUCACUACUGACAGCUGGCAGUGUUCCGAAUAGGAGUGUCAGCGCGGCCUGCGCGCUCAUGUUGUAGUUAUGUGGUCUAGUGCCGGGUAGUGACUGCUUAUAUUCUUGUCCGGGCGCUAGUUGUAGUAUUUAUUUAUAUACAAAAUGACCGGCGAUGAUCUCAUACGACAUAGACUAUCAUAGACUUGAAUAAUGUGUGCACGGAGGAGUGUUCUCUAGAGUUAGAUCGCUACAAUAAUAAUAAUAAUACAAUAACACAUAGACCAGCACUGCAUUAGUUAGUGUAACGGCACGCUGACUGCUGCGCGGUGCAUAGCAGUGCGUUAAUGACGUUACACGGUAGCCCAUAGAGAACUUCUCUAUGCGGAAGCCUCACUCAGUGCAUUUUAGUUUCGUAUGCUA